AUGCCUCUCGCAAAGGUCGACGACGAAGCCGUUGAGCACCAGCAAUACGAAAAAUCCAGUACUCCCUUCCGACGGGCUUCAAGCGCCACAUCAGCCACCCUACACGACGAGCAUGGACGACGACAACAACAACAGCGGAGACAGUCUUCCAGACAACCCUCAGUAGCAGCUUUGCUUCGCAACCCGCUGGCUGGAAUGGGCGAAACCGAAGUACUGAAAGACGUCGAUACAUUCAUUGAUUCUCGAGGCCUGCAGGAUCAGCGCGACACUUUUCAUAAAGGCGCUCUUCUCGCACGUGUGCAACAGCGGGAGGAUGGGUUCGAGUACGUCGAUACGAUAAGUGAGGAUGAGAAGGAGAUCUUGCGCCGGGAAAGGACUCACCGCUGGAGCCAGCCGUUCAAGUUGUAUUUUCUUGUUGUGCUUUGUGCUGGUAGUGCUAUUGUGCAGGGUAUGGAUCAAACUGCUGUCAACGGUGCACAGGUAUUCUAUUUCGAAGAGUUUGGUAUCACAAAUGAGUGGCAGCAGGGUCUACUCAAUGGUGCUCCUUACCUUUGCUCACUGCUGAUCGGAUGUUGGACCAACGCGCCUCUGAACAAGUACUUUGGACGUCGAGGCACAAUCUUCAUCUCCUGCAUCAUCUCUUUCGCAUCCUCCUUCUGGAUGGCCGCCGCAAACACCUGGUGGAACCUCCUCAUCGCGCGGUUUGCGCUCGGUCUGGCAGUCGGUGCCAAAUCCUCAACAACGCCAGUCUACGCAGCAGAAUCAGCACCGAAAAAUAUUCGAGGCGCACUGACUAUGAUGUGGCAAAUGUGGACCGCAUUCGGCAUUAUGCUCGGUUUCGUUGCCAGCGUUGCGUUCUCCGGAGUCUUUUUCCCAGGAACUCCAGGUCCUGAAGGGAAUGCUCAAUACGCACCGUGGCGCUGGAUGCUCGGGUCAACUGCAAUUCCACCGAUGUUUGUCUGCGCCCAGGUCUACUUCUGUCCCGAAUCGCCACGUUGGUACAUGGAAAAGGGGCGCUGGGACAAGGCGUUUCGUUCCUUUUGUGCAUUGCGUCUACACCCUGUUCAGGCUGCGCGUGAUAUGUAUUACUCAUUCAAGCUUCUCGAGGUUGAAGCUGCUCAACGAGAAGGCAAGAAUAGGCUGAAGGAGGUGUUCACUGUUAGGCGCAACCGCAGAGCUGCCCAAUCGGCUGCGUUUGUGAUGUACAUGCAACAAUUUUGUGGAGUGAUAGCAUACUACUCGACGACGAUAUUCGAGGACUCAGGGUUUUCGCGAAACAAUGCGUUGCUCGUCUCCCUCGGCACAGGUGCCGUCAACUUCCUCUUCGCCAUCCCUGCAAUUUAUACAAUCGAUACCUUCGGCCGCCGCAACCUGCUACUCUUCGGGUAUCCGUGCAUGGCUUUGUGUCUGCUCUGGACGGGGUUUAGCUUCUGGAUCCCGCAGGAAACACAGGAGACGGCGCGCUUAGGAAGUAUUGCCGCGGGUAUUUUCACCUUCAUGGCUGUUUACUCGCCUAGUUCUGGACCUGUUCCGUUCACAUAUUCUGCCGAGGCGUUCCCGUUGUAUAUCAGAGAUUUGGGAAUGAGUAUGGCCACUGCGACUUGCUGGGGUUUCAACUUUAUCAUCUCGCUGACCUGGCCGGCACUUGUCCGUGCCUUCCAGCCUCAGGGCGCGUUCGCCUGGUAUGCGUGCUGGAAUAUUGCUGCAGCGGUCUACUGUUAUUUCCUACUCCCGGAGACCAAGGCCCUUACCCUUGAAGAACUCGAUACUGUCUUCAACGUUGGAAAUCGGGAGCAUAGUAAGUAUUACUUGGAGAAGGCGCCGUACUAUUUCAAUAGGUUGAUGCGGAAGGACCAAGCCCCUUAUCCGCCGUUGUAUCAGAUCGGGGAGAGAAGCAAGGAGAACACAGGAUGA